AUGGAAAAACAGGUUUCAGAUUCAGUUCAAUUGGAUGAACAGCGCUUGGACAUGAGCAAUCAGUGGAGUAAACAAGCUGAUGAACAACACUAUCCAAUGCCCAACAUGGCUUCGACGGAUUCCCGAGCGGCAAAUCCUCAAAAUUAUGAUCAGAGCGACCAAUCUAACCAAAGUCCAGCGUCCCAGCAAAAGUUACCAGAACCUGAUAUAGAAAGCUUAGAAGCUGAAGCAAAUCAUAUCACGAAAUCAUUGUCAGAUAUGGGCAUCUGUCAACAACACAUGACACCCGACUAUCAAUACAAUAGACAUAAUGAAUCGAUAUACGAUGAUGAGACGCUAUUUCCUUGUUUACCAACUGACAAUUCCGAAACAAAAUUGGUCAAAUACGAUGAGCAGAAUCCGGGGCUUAUUAACCACGCUACCCUCCUAGCAUUGGUUGUACAAAUGACCUCACCCGAAGUGAUAGAUUACAAUCUUUUAAGUGACUUUUUUCUAACGUAUAGGAUAUUUUCGAACAGCGUUGAUAUAAUGCAUCUAUUGAUAACCAGGCUAAUUUGGUCGCUACAAUAUGUCAACUCAGGCACCGAAGCCAAUAUCAAAAUUGGCAAAUUAGUCUUGCUUCGAACGUUUGUGGUGUUGCGGCAUUGGAUAAUCAACUAUUUCGUUGACGAUUUUGAUAACAAUCACCAACUAUGUGACCUAUUUUCACUGACAAUAAACAGCCUUAUAACGGAGUCAAAUUUAGUUUGCAAAGAGAAUUUCAGAGAUCCAGGAAACUAUGCUUACGUAGCCAAGAUUCUUGGUGAGUUGAAAAUGCAUUGGCUUACAUUAUUGAACAAGUUUUGGCUCCUUGGUCUAGAUUCAAAUAGGAUCAUAACUGAGAACAGCAUCUUGACAUACAAAUUACCCUUGACGGGUGAUCUCAAGAACUCCAAGAGACUUUCAAAAUCAAAUACAGAAAUGUCGAUACAUACAAAUCCUUCGUAUCGUCGGUCAGCCAUGCUCUCUUUGUAUGAUCUGAAAACACAUCACAAAAUGCUUAUAUUCGACGACGAUUCAAGCCAAGAAGAGAACCCACAAUUCUCCAUAAACAAUCUUUUGCUACACCAUCAGUCAUCGCGCAUGUCGAUCAACAAUAAAAUCCAUGAAAUGCAAAAACAAAAGAGACUAAUUAAAUCACCCAUUUUUAGCUCUUCGUUUGAAUACUCGGCAAAGUCCUCUCCCUUUUUUGCUUCUGACUUGGCCCACACACCAUCUACCCCAAAAAAUUGCUCCCCAAGGAAUAAAAGAAUUCUAGCUCAAUCCACAAGGCACAAUAGAAUGGUGAUUAAGGACUCAUCAUUGGAUUUGAGGAAAACCAAGACCACUACUACUCGUCCAAAAGACUCCAGCUCAGAUCUGCGCACACCCACUAAAAGCCGAAAAGCGGUGCCUGAUCCAUGCAAAGAAGUUGGAUUUUCGACAAAUGGUAAUGUAAAGCUCCCAACAUCAAAAGUGUCAACAAUAAUUCCACCAACUCCAGUCAAGAAAAUGGAUUGUAAAAUUGUCAAGGACAGCUUGUUUGGGCCAGAUAUGGAUGAGGAUCAGCUACUGCCCCCGGUUUUCGAUGGAUCACAUCAUGACGAGUUUUCGAGAAAAAGGUCAAUCAAAAAGCUUAUGGACGGUUGGAAGAGGUCACUCUCAGCACAUUCUCGUAGUUCCGACAUGGAGCUCAAGCCCUCGCCUAUGACUCAAAGAGAGCAUUCAUCAUCCAAUGUCUCUAGUAACAACAACCUCGAGAAUUUGAUAAGUAGUGCUAUGCAGGUGGUGGAUGCGAGAAAUAUUGGAAAUCGAGUCGAUGUAUUGAGUGCCAGAAUCGUUGACGAAUUGGAGUACUUGAUACAGUACUAUACUAAUGAGUCAAAUUCCAAUAGUAUUAUCCAUGAAGUUGAUGGUUGUUUUAUCGAUGAAGAUGGUGAUAGGUUUGUGGAUGUUCCUGGAGAAGCUGAUAUUAGCAAUCAAGAAGUUGACUUGGAGCCCAUUGAAGUUUCAAAUGAUAAUGAUAAUGAGGAUGAUGUUGACAUCAACGACCUCUCGGAAUUGAACAUAAUAAAGAUUGAUAACCUAAUAAAUGACAAGGAGGAUGGGCCAGUUCAGACGAUUAAAGUGCAGCGAAACAUAUCUGAAAACAUACUCGACGAAUUAAAUUUUUCAGGUGAAUCGUUUCAAAAGGCUGCAAGUAUAAAUUGGAACGACGAUGACGUUGUUGAUUUAGAUGCAUCGGCCGAAAGAGAAACCAUUUUACUGCAAGGAGAAGCUGAUGAAUUUUGCAUAACAAAUGAAUCAAAAGGAAGAGAUAGCCAGCAGCUUGACGCACCCAACUUUAAUUUCCAACAAUCUACCCAGUCGUUUGAGACUUCAACUAUAUCCACUCCUAGUAAUAUUACCCUGUAUAAUGCCGAAGUGGCCGAAUUGGGUAUACCCAUGAGUCCACCAUCAGAGAAACCAAAGAGGAUAAGUGGAAUCGAGGGAAAGCGCUCAAGCAUUGUUUAUAACAAGAGAUUCUCGAGGUUGUCACGAAACUCCAUAGGAUCUGGUGUCAGGAGAGAGUCACUAGCAUCGUAUAUUAGUUACGACUCGGUUUUUUCAAUAACCAACGACAGCAAUCCAGCCAAGCCUGAUACGAUGAACACAGGUCUCAAAAAGAAAACAGGGUUUAACAAUCUCAGAGGAGGCGAGUUAGAAAAUGAGUUGGGUCCUUCCAUUAAAUUAAGUCCGUCACAAACAUCUCGCCAAACGUCAAAGAGUUCAAAACGAAGCGUAAGGUUUAGCGUUCUACGUGCACUUACAGAGCUUCCUUUCAAUGAAGUUGAUAUCCAUUCUGAUGAGAACCAUCCAUCGCGUUAUUCCUCGGCCGAUAUGGCAAACAACUCCAUUUUCUCCGUUGCCAUGAGAAGUAAACGAGAGUCAAACAGAGCUGAGUACGCUCAGAACACAGCUGUCACUGGAUCAUCAGGCAAUUCAAUCGUAAUACCAGGUAUAAGCUCCUAUGCAUUGAAGGAGUUGGCAGCCAUCCCAGAUGAGACCAUGAGAUCGAUGGAGGAUCCCGUGGAGUAUGCAUUUAAUAAGUUGGAGGGGAAGAAUGUGCCAACAUUUACCCCGAAGCGGAAAGAUCAUGAAGAUGACGACAGUGAAAUUCCAAUGGAAGAUACGGAAGCUAUUCUUCAGCAGAUAAAUGACGCGAAAUCAGAAGAUGGCAUUGACUCAACUUUUGAUCUCAGUAAUGUGGCUCCAUUGACACCAAUAAGAAUGCACGCCACACUCAAGACGGAUAGCACUGGCCACCAUUCAACGUCGACUCCGGAAAAGAACUUAAAUAUGGAAGUAUUUGAUUUUCAACAGCCAGGCAAGAUUAAUAACUCCGAGGUCUCAGAGCACCCUUCGCCCAAAAUAAUCUUGGACAAUUAUUCCCCUUCGAGUGAUCUAUUGUCUGUCAGAAAUAUUAUGGACAAUAAUGCUCACAUUUCGUUUGUUUUGUCCUUUGAUUCAAAGUCAUUGGCCGAUCACUUUACAGUGAUUGAAAAAGAUAUGUUGCAGGAAGUGGAUUGGAAGGACUUGAUUGAACUAAAAUGGAAUAAGAAGUUGACACCGGUUAACAGUUGGCUAGAGAUCAUAGUCAAUGAUGAUUACUACAUCAAGAAUAAAGGAGUCAACUUGGUUAUUGCCAGGUUCAAUUUAAUGGUUAAUUGGAUUAUAUCGGAAAUCCUUCUCACUCAAAGCGAAGUCGAACGUAUCAAUAUAGUUUCCCGUUUCAUCCAUAUCGCCCAGCACUGUUUAACUUUACAAAACUAUGGGACGUUGAUGCAAGUAAUCCUAGCAUUGACAUCACAAAAAGUUCAGGGGUUCAAAAGCACAUGGCGCAACUUACCGCCGGGUGAUAUAUUGACUUUGAAAACGUUGGAGGAGUUGGCUUCACCAUUGAAAAAUUUCUUGAAUAUCAGAUUGUCCAUUAAUCAUAUUACACCAUCCAAAGGAUGUAUUCCCUUUGUUGGCUUGUACUUGUCAGAUUUAACUUUCAAUGCAGAAAGGCCCAGUUUCGUUACCAAGAAAAGCACCGAUGAUGCCAAUGAUGUGAUAAAUUUCUCAAAAUUUAGAACUUCGGUGCACAUUGUCAAAUCAUUAUCACAAUGUAUUGAAUGGUCAAGUAAUUACCAGAUUGAAAUUCAGCCCGACUUGUUGUCAAAGUGUUUGUACAUUAAGUCCUUGGACGAGGAGGAGAUGAAUUAUUGUACUUUGUACAUGCAAGACUCAACAAAACUAUUCAAUUCUUAA